AUGGCUACGUCGUUGUGUGGCCUGGGUGCUUGGCCUGGAUCCUUGAGGCCCUGGGUCUUAACCUGUCUUGUGACGCUGAUGUUGCUGCCUCCGCCUUCAAAUGCAGGUGAUAAAGAGAACCGCAACCAACCAGUUUGUGGCAAGCCCUGGUGGCCAGACAGUUUGAAGAAGUUCCGCCAUUGGCCCUGGGAAGUGAGCGUUCGCAUAGAAAAUGAACACGUGUGUGGAGGGGCCCUCCUUGAUUUCAGUUGGGUGAUCUCUGCAGCUCACUGCAUCCAGGGCCACAAAGAAUACUCAGUGAUGCUGGGUAGCAGCAAGCUGCAGCCCAAAGGCUCUUCCUGGGCCCGGAAGAUUCGUGUGGGUGACAUCAUUUUACAUCCCAAGUACUGGGGCCGGAACUUCUUCAGACACGAUAUUGCCCUUCUCCAUCUGGAUAUUCCUAUCACCUACAACAAGUAUGUGCAGCCCAUCUGUCUCCCAGAGUACAACUUCAACUUGAAGGUUGGGACUCAGUGCUGGGUGACUGGCUGGGGCCAGACUAAGAAGCACUCCUCGGACAACUUGACACUGACUCCAGAGCUCUGGGAGGCAGAGGUAUUCAUUAUGGACAACAAAAAGUGUGACCGUGUUUUCCACGAGAAGUCCUUCUAUCCCCGAGUUAUCCCCCUUAUCCGGAAGAACAUGAUCUGUGCCACUAAUUAUGGAGUGGACUCGUGCUAUGAGGAUCCUGGGGGGCCGUUGGCUUGUGAAAUUGACGGAAGAUGGAUUCUGGCUGGGGUGUUAUCGCGGAAGAAGGCCUGCACCACAGCUCAGAAUCCAGGUGUAUACACUCGCCUCAGCAAAUAUACCAGAUGGAUCCAGGAGCAAAGAAACCACGGGGCGCUGCCAGGGCCCUGCAGGGCCUCCUACCCCCUACUCCUGUUCUGGCUGCUGCAGCUCCAGUGGGUCUGUGACUUCUUCACACCUCCUCUUCCUGAUUUGCCUCUGCUGAAUGGCACUAGGUAGAUGAUUGAUCGAGGCUGCAUGUCCAUAUUCCACAGAAGUCAGGGCAGGAACAGAGUGGUCCCUGGAGAGCUUGGGUCCUCAGGGAGGGGUGUGGUGGAUGACUAGGCCUUGAGUGGCCAGGAGAAGGGGACUAUGGCUUGGAAGCAACAUUCUGGAAUUUAAGACAAGAGCAGAGAUUAAAUAUGU